AUGCAUCAGGAGCAAGACCUACACCGUAGGCGGCUUAUCGCCACGGUCGCCGCGACGGUCAUCUCCCUGGCCUGCGGCACAAACUACGUCUACUCGGCAUGGGCGCCCCAGUUCGCCGAGAAGCUCAGGCUUUCCACAACGGAGAGCAACUUGAUCGGCCUGUUCGGUAACCUGGGCAUGUACACUCUGGGCAUUCCCAUAGGCAUGUUUGUGGACGACCGUGGAUCAAGACCUGCUGUGCUUGCCGGCGCCUUUUUCCUGGCUAUUGGUUAUAUCCCCCUCUGUCUCUCUUUCGAGAAAGCCGCGGGCUCUGUCCCUGUGCUCUGCUUCUUCUCCUAUCUGACCGGGUUGGGCGGCUGCAUGGCAUUUGCAGGUGCUGUCAAGACAUCUGCUCUCAACUGGCCGAACCAUCGCGGAACGGCUACGGCCUUCCCGCUGGCUGGAUUUGGGCUCAGCGCCUUUUUCUUCUCCUUUCUCGGCGCUGUUUUCUUCCCCGGGAGCACCAGCUCCUUUCUGAUGCUCCUGGCAUGGGGCAGUUUUGGCCUGACCUUCUCCGGCUAUUUCUUCCUCAAGGUAUACCCUCAGGUAACCUAUCAAGAGGUGCCCACUCAGGCACCCGCAUCACAACCUUCUCGAGAGAGGGCGCGCAGCAUAACCGAACCUGGUACGUCGUCCAAUCCUGAUGUCGUUGAUCCAAUCCUGGACACAUCACCUCGGACCCCUCCAGCACCCGACGCCAGUCGCGCCGCUAUUUUCAGUGACACCGAAGCUGGUGGAGAGCCUCUGAUUGACGAGACAUCAUCUUUGAUGCCCGAGGUUGUAACUGCCGACAUAGUUGGGCGCAGUAGUGUUGAUCAAGACGUGUCUCAUCGAGUAGAUAUACGAGGUGUAAAGCUCCUGCUCUGCCUGGACUUCUGGCAGCUGUUCUCCAUCAUGGCAAUCCUCGCUGGAACUGGCCUCAUGACUAUCAACAAUAUUGGAAAUGACGCAAACGCUCUCUGGAAACAUUACGACCCCUCGGUCGACGAGCCGUUCCUUGUUAGCCACCAGCAGAUACAUGUAUCCAUCCUCUCCGUCUUCAACUUUGUUGGAAGAUUGCUAAGUGGAAUUGGCUCUGACUAUCUGGUCAAAACUCUUCGUGCUAGUCGUAUCUGGUGCCUCGCCGUGGCCUGUCUCGUCUUUCUUCUGGCUCAGAUCUGUGCCCUGCAAAUCGAGAUGCCGCACAAACUUGUAUUUGUUUCAGGCCUCUCCGGUCUAGCCUAUGGUUUCCUUUUCGGCGUCUUCCCCUCCAUUGUUGCAGAGACGUUUGGCAUCCGCGGGCUGAGUCAGAACUGGGGUUUCAUGAUGUUGGCUCCUGUUGCCUCCGGAAAUGUAUUCAAUCUGCUGUAUGGAAGGAUAUACGAUCACCACAGCAUCGUUGAGCCUGAUGGCACGAGAUCCUGCGACGAUGGUAUUGCAUGUUACCGCGGCGCUUAUACUGUUACCGCGAGCGCAUGUGCUCUGGGAUUGGUCAUCACCCUGUAUAUCAUUCACCACCAGAGGGCUCGUUAUGUCAUCUUGCUGGUCACGGGUCUGUCGUCAGUAGACGCCUCAUCCCGUUUCAAACCCAUCCUAACCCAAGCACCAUCAACCGCUUUCAUCGCGUGUCUGCGAUCUGUCGAAUCUUCAACAUAUGCGCCGCUAGUUUACAAGAUGGGCGCUCUUCUUUCUCUACCGCUGCUCGCGGUACCCAGCAUGGGCACGGUAGUAUCUUGCUUCGCCAGCUGCUGCGGUGCGGCAACAUGCUCCAUGGUCUGUAGCGCGUGUGGCAAAUGCGGUAACAGCAUAGCUACGCGUAUCGCCUACGCUCUACUUCUCCUCGUCAACUCCAUUUUAGCAUGGAUUAUGCUCACGGACUGGGCCAUCGAGAAACUCCAACAUCUCGCGCUUGAUUACGUCAAAAUCAACUGCCCCACGGGACAGUGCUAUGGGUGGCUGGCUGCCCAUCGAAUCAACUUUGCUCUCGGACUCCUACACCUCAUCUUCGCCGGUCUUCUCUUCGGUGUCAGAUCCUCCAAGAACCCUCGAGCCGCUAUACAAAAUGGUUACUGGGGACCUAAGAUCAUCGCCUGGCUGGCAUUGAUUGUCAUGUCCUUCCUCAUCCCGGACAAAUUCUUCAUGUUUUGGGGAAACUACGUCUCCUUUGGGGCUGCCAUGCUGUUCCUCAUCCUUGGUCUUAUUUUACUCGUGGACUUGGCACACAGCUGGGCCGAAUACUGCCUGGGACAGAUCGAAGAGACUGACUCUAGGUUCUGGCGAAUCGUCCUUGUUGGUUCAACCCUGAGCAUGUACUUGGCGUCGAUUGCGAUGACAGUCGUCCAAUACAUCUUCUUUGCCCAGGGUAGCUGCACCAUGAAUCAGACCGCCAUCACUGUCAACCUCAUUCUCUGGCUGAUUAUUUCCGCCGUGUCAAUAAACCCCACAGUCCAGGAAUACAACCCUAAGGCUGGGUUGGCUCAAGCCGCAAUGGUUGCCGUCUACUGCACCUAUUUGACAAUGUCAGCUGUUUCCAUGGAACCUGAUGAUAAGAACUGUAACCCCUUGGUUCGCGCUCAGGGAACAAGAACUACAUCCGUCGUCAUUGGAGCCAUUGUCACCAUGCUUACGGUUGCUUACACUACGACUCGCGCUGCUACUCAAAGUCUUGGCUUAGGAGGUAAUGGUAACGGCAUUCAGCUUCCCGAAGAUGAUGAGCAUGACUUGGUUACGCAGCAGCCUAUUCAUCGUCGUGAAAUGCGGGCAGAAGCUCUGCGUCGUGCCGUCGAGGAGGGCAGUCUACCGGCCGAUGCGCUACUCUCUGACGACGAGAGCGACGAUGGCGCGAAUCAUGCACAUGAUGAUGAGAGAUCAAGCACUCAGUAUAAUUACUCAAUGUUUCACAUCAUCUUCUUCCUAGCCACGGCAUGGGUAUCGACAUUGCUUACUCUUAAUUUCGAGGAGUCUACUCGGGACGGCCAGUUUGCCACGGUUGGCCGCACAUACGGUGCAAGCUGGGUGAAGAUUGUCAGCGCUUGGAUCUGCCAUGGAAUGUAUAUCUGGACGCUUGUUGCACCGAUUCUGCUUCCUGAACGGUUCGACUCUUAA